AUGGUGCAUUCCACUGUCUGUUUAAAGUUUAUUAAUGAUCUGUAUCUUUCUCCAAAGAAAUCUGAAAAAAUGCCAGAAAAUCUCAUAUCCGGCAAGACCUCCUCGAAAGGUCCAAAAACCUCAGCAAAGAAACAGAAAGGUGAAAACAAGGCUAAGGAGUCCUCCAAGGGAAAACGAACACAGCUUGGUAAAAAAGAUGAAGUUGAUCUUUCUAUGGCUAGUAUAGGCCACCCAGAAAUCUUUCCUUUAGUUUUCACUACAAAGACCCAAGAAAUUUUUAACUGCCGAGUUGAUGAAGAUGUCACAGAAGAAAAUUGUUUCAAACUUAUUAAAAAAGAGGACAUCAUUCAAGACCUGAAAACAAGAGCUGCAAUUUCUGAUUUCCACCCUGUCAAAAAAGUUGUGCUAGAAUAUCCAGGGGAAGAAAUUUUGGUAGUUUUUGAUGCAAAGUUCCAAUACGGACAGAACUUUUACUUUGUUGCUUCUGAGGAAGCCAAGGAAAACCUUCUGAAGCCUCCAGAAACUGCAGAAGACAAAGAAGAAAAAGAAGAAGAAAAUAGAGAGGAAACUCUGGAAGUCCAUCCUUAUAAACCUCCUGUCCACAAACCUUGGGUUUCUCUUGGCAGUGAAAAGGAAAUUGAAGAAGAAUCUGUUAAAGACACUGUUACAGAGAUUAAGUAUGUAAUUUCUCAAGGACACAGAAAGUUUGGUGCACCGAUUACAUUUACUGAUAAGAAUGCUUCACAUGUAAAAGACAGUUACAUUGAAUGCACCUCCUAUCAAGACAAAACUUUUAGCAUUAAAAUGCUUGAAAAAGAUGUAGGUGUACAAAUGGUUCCAAAAGUAAGAGAAGCUAGUACUCAGACAAAAUGGACCUACCCAAAAAAUGCAGCCACACAGUAUUUUCCUCAAGAGUUAUCAAAUAAAGAGAGAGAAGAGAGUCUGUCAUCGGAAAAGCUGAAAGAAUUUCUUAAAUCAGUACACUUAAGAAUGGAAAUUGCAUUGCAGCAAAAUGAAAUUAUGAAUGCUUUUUUUGAUGACUGGGAGGCCCUAGCAGAAGAUGAAAGCAAUUCUGGUAGCAAGCCAGAUGUUUAUCUUAAAGCAUACCAAUCAUUUACAGAUCUGCGCUAUCUCAAGGACAGAACUAUUAGCUGCGUUUGCUGGCAUCCAACCAUUUAUGGGAUUAUAGCAGUGUCAGCAAAAGAGCAGCUUUCUUUUGAAGAGCAAGUUAACCUUUCUGAUAAAUCAUUGAUGCAGCAGCCAGUAAUACUUUUUUUGAGUUUUUCUGACCCUAUCCACCCUCAGUUAAUGUUGGAGUGUCCUGAAGACAUUUACUGCUUUCAGUUCUGUCCAAGUGAUCCGAAUAUCAUUGCUGGUGGCUGCAUCAAUGGACAGAUUCUAUUGUGGGAUAUUUCUCAACAUGAAGAAAAGCUGCAAAAUGCACAAACUGAUGCUGAUGGAAUCAAGGUAACAUCUGUUAAUAUGGUAGAUGUUUUCAUUCUAAAUACAUUGCAUUACAUAUAUAUGUCUGACAACCGAAUUGAUGCUACUUUUGAAAACAGAGAUGAAAUUUGUGUGCAGCUUGUAACCUGCUCCUCUGAUUGCUCAGUACUAUUUUGGGGUAUUCCAGCCACCAAACUUCCUGAACAACCUUCAUCUGAGAAAGUAAGAGAGAAGGACAUUUUUUAUAUGCCCUCUGAUGUUCCAGAUACUUCUAAGCAUCCAGAUCUUUGCUGGAAACCUCUCAUAAAGAUACAUCUGCGUGAAAGUGAUCCUAACACAGAGUAUGGCCCUGUCAGAAUUAGUUUAAGGGAACUGCAUUAUCAUUGCAAAACCUCAGAGAACGUGCAAUCUCUGAACCCCCUAGAAGUACCCACCAAAGACAGCCUGUAUACAAAGAGGACUACUUCAAGCAAAAAUCUGAAACUGGUAGAGAGCAUCUCCACUGAUGUUUUUGUUGGAACUGAAGAUGGAGAAAUUGUUUAUUCUAACUGGAAUAUGGAAAUUGAUAGUGACUCAGCAAAACCAGUUAGUCAGAAGCACACUGAGAAAUACAUCACCCACACUGAAACUAUCAAUGCUCUCCAGAGAUCUCCAUUUUUUAAAGACAUCAUUCUAAGCAUUGGAGGAAGGAAUUUUGCCAUUUGGAAAGAAGGGGUUACAUAUGGACCAAUCCUUCAGUCAAGCUGCUCUGCAGGAAGAUAUACUACAGGACACUGGUCCUUAACAAGACCAGGAGUCUUCUUCAUUGGCAGAGAUGAUGGAAAUAUAGAUAUUUGGGACUUACUGAAGAAAUCUCACGAGCCAUCUCAUUUCCAGAACAUCUCCAAAUCAAUGAUCACUUUCAUCAGCCCCUGGAUUGCCUCACCAAAGCAGCAUUUCUUAGCUGUUUCUGAUGAUCUUGGAGUACUGCAUGUUUUGGAAAUCUGUCAGAAACGAAGUCACCCUUCAAGGAAUGAGCAUGCCAAUGUACUUGAUUAUUUUGAAAGAGAAGUCAAAUAUCUGAAGUAUCGUGAACAAGAGUUUCAAGAGUAUCAAGACCUUCAAGCCAAAACAGAAUUGAAACGGAGCUGGAGGCACAGAGAGAGAAAACAAGUAUGACUACUCUACAGAAAAUAAAAGGGAUGGAGGAGCAAGAACAUGGAGACUCUAUUGUUUCUGGACCUGAAGAAGCAGAUGCUAAUGGAUUUAGGACUAGUAAAGUGACAAAAAAUACUUUCCUCGUCAGAUGCUUAGAGCCCAUUAUCACCUUUAGAACAAGCAAGCUUAUUUCGGGACCUCUUUAUCUCAGCAGAACAUGUUUAGCUUCAGAAACAAAGCAUCGUG